GGAACUUGAAAUAGUAAGACACAAGGGUAAAUUCAGGAAUGCACAGCAUUAUCAUAUAGCAAUUGAACUCAAUUUGCAUUUUACAUCCAAAUUUGAUGAACUCCAGUUCACUUCAAAUCUCCAAUCCCAAUUAUGUGCACACGAGAUAGUCUUCUAUUUGUUAGGGUUUAUCAACCAUUUCCAAUCAAAAACCUAAGCAAAUCUGGCACGCCCUUGAUUCGAGUUCGUAAACACACGCAACAACUAAAUUCUUUGAAACUGCUAACAAAUGGAGUUAAGUUAAUUCGUAACAGACCUACAUUUUCAUGUAAUUCUAUUGCGGAUACAGCAAAUUCGAAUAGUGAAGAUUUUGUGACUAGGGUUUUGAAGGAAAACCCUAGUCAAGUAGAACCCAGAUUUUUAGUUGGUGGAGAAGUGUAUACUUCAACUGAAGUGCAAAAAUUAAAGAAUAAAAAAACUGGGUUUAGAAGUUUAGAGGUGUUAAGGAGGUUAAAUUUGAAGGAUAAGGCAAGAGUAAAUGAGAAAUUUGAGGAAAAUGGAGGUGAAAAAAUGGUGGGUAAUGUUUAUUUGAAGGAUAUUUUGAGGGAAUUUAGAGGGAAACUUUAUGUUCCUGAACAAAUUUUUGGGGUGGAUUUGUCUGAAGAAGAGGAAUUUGAUAAAAAGUUUGAAACUUUGCCUAAAUUGAGUUAUGAAGAGUUCAUGAAUUUUUUGAGGAGGGAUAAGGUAAAACUGUUGGUCUUAAAGGAGAAUAAUGGAUUGGAAUCUGAGGAUGGGAUGAGAGAUUUUAUUGUUGAGCUUAAAGAAAGUGUUGGAGAUAAGAGCUUACAUAGAAAUGAAUGGGCAAUUCAGUUGGGUGAUGAUCAAGCUAAGGUGGUCUUGGCUGAAUAUACUGGUCCUCAGUAUGAAAUAGAGACUCAAAUGACCUCGACAUCAAUUGCAAAAGUGCCCGAGUAUCCUAAUCCUGUUGCGUCCUCAAUAUCAAGGAGAAUCAUGGUGGAAUUUGGAAUGGUUACUGUGGCCAUGGCGGCAGCUGCGGCUGUUGUUGGAAGCUUCCUUGCUUCAGCUGUUUUUGCAGUCACUAGUUUUGUCUUUGUUGCCACUUUAUACGUUGUCUUGCCUAUAGUCAAGCAUUGCCUCAAAAUGUCCAAAGGCAUCAUAUUUUCUAUUUUAGAGGGCGUGUCGGACAUUUUUAGUGAUGGAUGGAUAAUUACCAAGUUGAAAGAAAUUUAUACUAUUGGUGGUGUAUCUGCCAGUCUUGCAUUACUAAGACCAAUGCUGCUGGUCCUUUUGACCAUGGUUCUCCUUGUCCGAUUUACUCUUUCAAGAAGGCCAAAAAAUUUCAGGAAGUGGGAUAUAUGGCAAGGUAUAGAUUUUUCACAAUCCAAGCCUCAGGCCCGAGUCGAUGGUUCAACUGGGGUCACUUUUGCUGAUGUUGCUGGCAUUGAAGAAGCAGUUGAAGAACUUCAAGAGUUAGUGAAUUACCUGAAGAACCCAGAGCUAUUUGAUAAAUUGGGUAUAAAACCUCCACAUGGAGUCCUUUUGGAAGGUCCACCUGGUUGUGGAAAGACCCUAGUUGCAAAAGCUAUUGCUGGUGAAGCUGGCGUCCCAUUUUACCAAAUGGCCGGGUCAGAAUUUGUUGAAGUUCUUGUUGGUGUUGGUUCUGCACGUAUUAGGGAUUUAUUCAAGAGGGCCAAGGUCAAUAAGCCAUCAGUCAUAUUUAUCGAUGAAAUUGAUGCAUUAGCUACGCGGCGUCAAGGAAUAUUCAGUGAUUCAACUGAUAGUCUAUACAAUGCUGCAACUCAAGAGAGGGAAACUACUUUAAAUCAGCUUUUAAUUGAGCUUGAUGGUUUUGAUACCGGAAAAGGUGUCAUCUUUCUAGGUGCUACAAAUCGAAGAGAUUUACUUGAUCCUGCACUCCUUCGACCAGGCCGUUUUGAUAGAAAGAUAAGGGUUCAACCUCCCAAUGCAAAAGGAAGACUAGACAUUCUUAAAGUUCAUUCCCGAAAAGUCAAACUGUCAUCUUCUGUUGAUUUGUCCACUUAUGCAAAGGACUUACCUGGGUGGACGGGUGCUAGAUUGGCCCAGUUGCUACAAGAGGCUGCUUUAGUGGCUGCUAGGAAAGGGCAUGAAGAAGUUGAGCAGUCCGACAUUGAUGAUGCAGUGGAUCGACUAACAAUUGGGCCUAAACGAGUUGGCAUAGAGUUAGGGCACCAAGGACAGUGUCGCCGGGCUACAACUGAAGUUGGAACUGCUAUAACAUCUCACUUGCUAAGAAGACUUGAAAAUGCGAAAGUUGAAAGCUGUGAUCGGGUAUCUAUCAACCCACGUGGCCAGACAUUGUCCCAAGUCGUGUAUCAUCGUCUUGAUGAUGAGUCAUACAUGUUUGAGAGGCAGCCACAGUUGCUACAUCGUCUACAGGUAUUCCUUGGUGGGAGGGCUGCCGAGGAAGUAAUUUAUGGACAUGAUACAUCAAGGGCUUCAGUUAACUAUCUUGCUGAUGCAACCUGGCUUGCCCGGAAAAUAAUAACUAUAUGGAAUUUGGAGAACCCAAUGGUUAUACACGGGGAACCACCUCAGUGGAGGAAAGCACCUAAGUUUGUAGGACCCAGGCUGGACUUUGAGGGAUCGUUAUAUGAUGACUAUGACCUUAUUGAACCCCCAGUUAAUUUUAAUUUGGAUGAUCAAAUUGCGAAAAGGACCGAAGAGUUGUUACGGAAGAUGUACGGAAAAACUGUUUCGCUGCUUAGGCAGCACCGUGCAGCUUUGCUUAAAUCUGUGAAGGUUUUACUCAAUCAAAAAGAGAUUAGUGGAGCAGAAAUCGAUUUUAUCCUCGAUAAAUACCCUCCAGAAACACCAAUAAGCCUUCUCCUAGAGGAGGAAAAUCCCGGUAGCCUUCCAUUCUUCGGUGAGGAGAACGGUUAUGAACUAGAGCAUGCUUUGGCAACUUCAUCAAAUGGUGAAUUGGUGUGACUUUCAACGUAAUCGAUCAACCUACCGAACAACAUAUUCAAAGCCUGAUGCGCAGUGUUUUUGAUGAAAUUGAACUGCACUGAACUUGUUGGAGACGAGGUAGAAAGCGGAAAUGCACGUGAAGUUGUCAUUCGUACGCUCUCAAAUAAAAAGGAUGUUUGAAAUUUUGACAUGAAAAUGUAAGCCGCUAUGUAUUGAGUUUUGAUUGUACAGGGAUUCUUGGCCCAGCCCAAUGUUCUAGUUUCUUCGGUUCAUUUAGAAGAAGCAACAAUUGAGCAUAUCAUUGUUUUGUUGUAGCAAUUGUUGAAAUACCUGAAGUACAAUUUAAUA